AUGGAGCCUGAUCUUUCUUUGACCGCGGCGUCCAAGUCGUCAUUGAUCGUUAGCCUCCGCUACCAGCUUCUGUGUGCGCAAUGCGCUGACAUGCUCCUACGAUGGUGCGAGCCGCCUGCCCGUCAGCGUUGGACGUGGACCAUUGACGAGCUUAUGCAAGGCUCUUCGACAUGUCGUUGCUGCCGGUUCCUGGCCCAGGUUCUGGUAGCAAGCCCAUGGAUCAAACCUGAUAUCCAUCGUAAUAUUGUAGUUGAGACCUGCAUAAUUGGUCACCAGCGCAUGACAAAAGCUCCCGACCACUCGGUAUCCAAGACUUAUUACAGGCCAAUGCUGUAUGUAGACGACGACAUCUGGUUUGAUUUUAAACGCAAGACCUUCAUACUUCCAGUUUCACGCGUUCACGAUGCUUCAUCAGACAAACUCGACUCACAUAUAUUCUGUGGCAGGCCUGUCAACGCCAUGGUCGAUCUAUCGCUAAUCGCAAGCUGGCAUAAGAUAUGUACGUCGAGACAUGAAGACUCAGCAGACGGUUAUGGAUGCUGUCCAAACACGCACGAAUCUUUACAAGAAUUCCGAGUCAUUGACGUCCAGCAACGUUGCGUCAUAAAGACAAGUGGCAAGGUCGACUACGCGGCUCUUAGUUAUGUCUGGGGAAAUGCGAAGCGUCUUGUGCUAUCCAAAGACAACGAAGCUUGGCUUACUACACCCGGCGCAUUGGCACAAACCGAGAAGAACGUUCCUAAAACCUUCAGGGAUGCACUGGAAGUUGCUGCAGCUCUAGGGAUUGCGAACCUGUGGGUGGACGCAAUAUGCAUUGACCAAAGCAACUCUGAACAAGUCAAACAUCACAUGGACGCAAUGGACAAAAUCUAUGGAUCUGCUGUUCUCACCAUAGUGGCCACUGCUGAGAAUGCCGAUUUUGGUCUUCCUGGUAUCAGCCUUCCUCGUGGACCUCCCCAGGCGGUAUUUCAAUACAAUGGAGCUCAUUAUCUGAGUUCUAAACUGACAUUUGGUGUUGCCAUGGAACGUUGCCCAUGGGAAAGGCGCGCCUGGUGUCUGCAAGAGAAGCUGUUUUCUGCUAGACUCCUGGUUUUCACUGACACUCAGGUCUUCUAUUAUUGUGGUGUCGCAACGUGGUUCGAGGAUACGAUCAUGGAAAUACCGGAAAGUAAUCCCGACACCGUACUUCUAGAAGAGAGAGCAAGUUUCGGGGAACCCUACAUGUUGAGUUACCUACAUCACACAGCGUAUGAGACCCACUAUAUUGCCCUUGGAGACUGGAACUUCUGGCAGCUAGUCCAGAACUACAGUCGGCGGGAGAUGACCCUCAAGGCCGAUGUGGUAUCCGCCUUUGCAGGGAUUCUAAGAUCAGUAGAGGCAGAGCAUGGUUGUGCUAUAUGGGGUAUUCCCCAAUAUCACUUUUUACAAGGCCUGUUAUGGUAUCACUACGGCGGCCAGAUGAGCUUUCGCCGAGAGGGAUUUCCUAGCUGGAGCUGGGUAGGAUGGUGCACUAAUGGUAACGACUUGUAUUUUGCGGAUUGUAAGAGGAAGAAAACCAAUAUGGGAGUCAUAGAUGGACAAUACCAUGUUGCUCGAGGCAAGCACAAUGGACGCUAUGUAUGGGAUGUACACUGGCACUACUAUACGGAGGACGAACACAGUCGUGUGAUGCGACUAAGAGCAGUACAGCUUGAGCAUCCAGACCACAACGGAGCGCCUCAUGCUUCUUCCCCCACGAUUACAGCAGUAUCGUGUACAGAGCCUAAACUUUCGAGAAGGGCGAAGAGAUAUCACAAACGUUUCCACGAAUGGGGCUUGCCUAGCCAUCCAGGAACUAUGAAGCCCAUUGACGUGUCGAUGCCACCCCUUGCGCCUGGACGAGAAAUGCCUCCUUUAUCACAUAUCAUCCGUUCCUACACUAGCGUGGCUACAGUGCUGGUCCAUCCAGAUGAGAACAACUGCUAUGACUGUCCUACAUUUCGUCUCCUUGUCCCUGGCACCGAGAUCGAGAUCGCUGGGGUAGAUUUAGACCCACGCUGGCCUGGCAUCGGUAGGACACAUAGCCUUGUCUAUCUUUCGAGAUUCUGCUCUUAUGAUGACAGAUACCAAGAGCCAAACGACGAUUGUUCUGAGGAACUGUAUCUCUUGUUGGUUGAGAGCGUGCCGGGAUGGGGCGAAGUCAAGAGGAGAGUAGAGCUGGUACAAAGAGUCAGUAUUUUGGACUGGAGGAAGGCGAAUCCAAGAUGGGAGCUGGUCAGUCUGGCAUGA